AUGAAGGUCCAGACUGGUACUAGACUGGAUCAAGCUUGGACAUUUGUCACCAACGACAAGCCAGACAACUGGGGUCAACUCCAAGGCGUCAUAUUUUGGAUACUAUUGGCUACGUGGACCUACUCGAACAUCAUCGUGAGAUCGUGGAGACAUGUUCGAGCAAAGGGAAUAGUAGGGACCUUUAGAGGGAUGUACAAGGCUGUUGAAGGCUUCGCCAUCAAACUCAUUCUCUCCCUUCCAUCGUCCAAACGGAAACUCAACCAGGAGAUGGGCGAUCUCAGGACGAAGUUUAGAAAAAGUAUCGAUCCAGCUCAUUACCCCAAUGGCGUGAAACUGCGGAGUGGAAGGGAGCUCCCAAAGCACGGGAGGAGCCUAGAAUGGCUACAGGAAGAGUGGAGAGGUCUGAAAGGGAUCGAGAAGACAGACGUGGACGAAGGCAAAGUCAGCGGAACAGUUUAUCAUGGAGGCGAGGACGUCAAUCAAGUCAUUUCCGAAGCCAUGUCCCAGUUCCUACUUGCCAACCCACUUCACUCGAGCGUGUUUCCCGCUAUCCGAAAGAUGGAAAGUGAGAUUGUUAGCAUGUGUCUGAGUCUGUUCAAUCAUCCUGAUGGCGCGGGAACAACGACUUCUGGCGGUACCGAGUCCAUCCUUAUGGCCGUCAAGACGUAUCGAGAUUGGGCCAAGGCGACAAAAGGCAUCACCCAUCCCGAAAUGAUCGUUCCAGAGUCCGCACACGCUGCGUUCUGGAAAGCAGCGCAUUAUCUCGGCAUCAAGAUACACUCGAUUCCCGUGAACAAGAAGAGCAGGAAGGCGGAUGUAGCAUGGAUGGGACGGGCAAUCAACCCCAACACCAUUAUGAUCGUGGGGUCGGCGCCAAACUUUCCCGAUGGAGCCAUUGAUCCUAUCCCUGCCUUAGCUCGAUUGGCUAAACGUCACAACAUUGGUCUCCAUGUGGAUUCUUGCCUUGGAUCAUUUAUCAUGCCGUUCUUGGACCGAGCUGGAUUCGGCGAAGAAGUGGAGCCUUUCGAUUUCAGGAAUGAGGGAGUCACUUCGAUGAGCUGUGAUAUACACAAGUACGCCUUCUGUCCGAAAGGCGCUUCCGUUAUCAUGUACCGAUCUGCUGAACUGCGUCGGUACCAAUACUUUAUCAUGGCCGAUUGGGCGGGUGGUCUGUACCCCAGUCCAUCAAUGGCUGGUUCGAGACCAGGGAUGAUUCUAGCAGGCGCGUGGGCAGUCAUGAACUAUAUCGGUACAGAUGGAUACACCGAAUCUUGUCGGCAGAUCGUAUCCGCUGCGAGACAUCUCAAAUCCGCCAUUCAGACUCGUUUCGCAUCGGAUCUGUACGUUCUCGGGGAUCCACUAGCAUCUGUCGUAGCUUUUGGAAGUCACAAGCUUAGUAUCUACGCUCUUGCCGAUAUGAUGACGGAACGUGGGUGGCAUCUAAACGCUUUAGCCAAUCCUCCGGCCGUGCACAUGGCUUUCACGCUGCCGACAUCGAAAACGGUGGAUAGACUAUUGGAUGACCUAGAAUAUUGUGUAGCUCAAUUGAAGAAGGAGCCCAAAGGAAGCAGCGGAGACAUGGUGGCGCUCUACGGCAUCGGCCAAACCAGUGUCGGUCCGCACGUUGUCGAAGAGCUGGCCAAGACGUACAUCGACGUCCUGUACGAAUGA